AUGAUUCAGUUGGCCAUGCUCCUGCUGGCAGAGGAAGCAGAUCGCCAAGUUCGCUUUCCCUUUGCUUGUUGCAAAGGAGGAGCCAUUUUGGAGCAGCUUCACCGGUGGAAACUUCACCCACGUGGCGCUUUUUGGAGCACUUGGGAAUUCUCUCCCUGCAGCAGACGUCUGCCUGGGAAUUUCUACUACAUUACCAUUUUGAGGGACCCGGUUUCCCGGUAUUUGAGCGAAUGGAGGCAUGUCCAAAGAGGAGCCACCUGGAAGGCCUCGUUGCACGUCUGCGACGGAAGGUCACCCACUUCCGAGGAACUGCCUAGUUGCUACUCGGGGGAUGACUGGUCAGGCUGCUCUCUGCAAGAGUUCAUGGACUGUCCAUACAACUUGGCCAACAACCGUCAAGUCCGCAUGCUGGCAGACCUGAGUUUGGUGGGAUGCUACAACUUGUCCGUCAUGCCAGAAGAGCAACGGAACAAAGUCCUCCUGGACAGCGCCAAGGAAAACCUCAAGCGGAUGGCCUUUUUCGGCUUGACGGAAUUCCAGCGGAAGACCCAGUAUCUCUUUGAGAAGACCUUCAACAUGAACUUCAUCUCACCAUUCACCCAGUACAACAGCACAAGGGCCUCCAGCGUUGACAUUGAUGAGGCCACCCAGCAGCGAAUCGAGGCCCUCAAUUUUUUAGACAUGAACCUGUAUGAUUAUGCAAAAGACCUUUUCCUGCAGCGGUACCAGUUCACAAGACAGAAGGAGCACCAAGAGGCCCGCCGGAAACGGCAGGAGCAGCGGAAAAUCUGGCGGGCCAAGCAGGGCCGCAGCAGAGAGCAGGACGGCCGAAACGCAACCACAGAUUACAUUGGGAACGUGGAGCAGUGGCGGUAAUAAGGGCUCUCGGUGUCCCGAGUGGAAAGGCAGAGCCGGACAAGAAGAUGCUGCUUCUCCAAGAGAUGCGGGGAGAGGGGUUGAGUGCGGGCGGCCUUUUGCAUUCAGUGUUGUGCUGUAGGUGGGUUAACCUUUUAAUCUCCGUGUUGUCUCAGAUCUGUCCCUGUCAAGAAAGGAAGAAAGGUUGGCCUCUUGGGCUGCACGGCCAGCCAUCCUUCUCGUCGCAAACGAUCACUCAGCAGAAUCAAAGCUGAAACGGUGAAGGCUGUGCCACAAGGAGAAGGUGUAUUUUCUGAGGUGGGGGCGACACAGGGGAGCCAUCCCUGCAUUUUUGUAAAGUGGCCUGAGGCUCUGGUAUUUUUUUAUAUUCCAUCCAGGUCUCAGAUAUCAGAAACAGCAUGGGCAGUGGGCAGGCUGAAUGUCUAGUAUUAGAUUGGGACCUGCGUAGCUCUCUGUGGCUGUGAGUCUGUCAUCCAGUUAUUCAUUUGAGCCUUGUACCUUUAAUGAGGGAGGCAAACAGCUCCAUUUAAUACUAGACAUUUCAAAGAGGGCUGUUGUAGAUAAGACCUGUGCCUCUUGGGCGCAGCCUACAGGCUCCCUAUUUCUUCCUGCCGUGGAGGGGGUGGGGACUUCCCUUAAGCCCCACCCCUGACAUCCAGCCCACCCGGGCGGUUCCAGAAGGGGCUGCCUCUGGCCAUUCAGAGAGUGGCCAAUUGCGGCCAAAGUGGGUCCUGGUGAGGACUACCUGUCUGGGUCAGCGUUUCCACUCACUGUCAUGUCAUGUUGCAUCAAGUCUAUUUCUGCUUCUAAGGUCUGUUAUAACAUUGGGGAUUGAUUCAACACCCUCAUUUCCCCAACUGUGGAAAUUCAAGACAUAAUUGUCACCCUCCCCAAGUGAUUUUCAGGUGGCUUCUACAUGACCAGAUGAACGUCCCAAAAAGAAUGUUUCAGACCCUUUUUAAGAGUUUGGCCUCAUCAACAUAUUUUUGAAAGGCUGCAAACGGUCUCUUCCAAAGACCAGCUGAGUUGAAGAGUACAGGAAAGGUUUGGAGAGGAAGCUGUUGAUGGGUGUCUUGUGUAAGUUGGCUUUUAGCGAAGAUAGGAAGAUUUUGUCUAUAAAUAUUUAAUCUUUUUUUUUUAUCUGACUACUGCUGUUGAUGGAUCUCAAGCUUGUUUUAUUUCAGACUAGCAGAAGAGAGAGAAAGCCCCAAUGAUUUGCUGAACAUUGGCACCAGAAAACGCAACUGUAGGCUUCUUUGAGGAGGCUGCAUUUUAAUGUAUUUUGAAAGUAUAGGGGUAUAUUUUAACAUUUUGGAAAGAGAGAUGGUUUUCCACGCCCUCUGUCCAUUUUAAUAAUAAUUCUUGCGAUUUGUGUAUGCUUUUAGAAGGGUGCCAUAGCUUUUAUCCUGGAAAAGUUCUCCCGUUUGUGAAUUGUUAUGGCAGAUACUGUUUCCCAGUAGAAGCACUAUUCAUCGGAGGGGACAAUGUUAAUUUGUUUUGCUUUCAGAACACUUUUUAUGACACAGCAUGACAUUUGAGCAUUUUUGGGGAUGGCUUCCAGAGAUCAUCAGAUUUGAAAAGUGACGUAUUUCUUGAACUUGGGACCAGUUCAACAAGGCAUACCUUUGCAGUUGCGUACCUGGCAUGCAAGGAGAAUGCCAAUUGAAAGGGGCUGCUUCCCUCAGGAUCCCACUCGCAAAGAGAACCCUGGUCUUGAGAAUAUAUCCUCUACUCUUGUAGCUCCCAUUGAGGGUGCUUGUUCUGAUCUAGGUUGCAAAAUCCCAGGAGGGGAUGGAUCGGGUCUCCUUGCUGCUGUGAGAACCAUUUGCUGGCUGUGCCUUGAGGAUACACCGACGCAACCCUGCAUUUGUCAACCCAAUACCCAUCGAAUGUGGGGUGUAAGAAAUUGCAUGUCCCCAUACAUCUGACAACAAGGGAGAGACAGACACCUGCGUGUUGUGUCAGAUGGCACCCAGCAAUUUUUGAGUAAAGGAAUUAAGUUUUUCUGGUUAUGCUGGUAUGGCGAUAGUUAUCUUGUUGGAAAGGAAGGAAGAUAGAAGUCUUGAAAAACAAACUAAGUUAGGCUGAUAAACCAAGGAAGGUGUCAGCAGAGCCAUUGUGCUCUGGACAUUUAGUCAAGGCUAUUCUUAAAUAUCGUAAAUAUUCUUAAAUGUCCAGCUCCAUAAAGGGUCAUUUCCAGUUGUCUAAAAUGAGUGGUCAUCUUGAAUUAUAAACUCAUUUGUCUUGAGCUUUCUAUAGCUCGCCAAUCCUCUCCAUUCUUGAUUAUUUUACCGUCCCAGACAGUAGGCCAAUAUAUGUCGGUGAGAAAAGGAUGCUAACCUUCCUUGUGUUCUGGCUGAAGAUGGUGGGAGUUGUAGUCUUCAACACUGGAAGGCGCAGGUUUGGAAAGCUUGCCUUAUGCUGUGGGCUGUCUGAGCUCCCUUCCUGCUGCUGCAGUUGUGUAAUUCCAGGCAUCAGAUUUUAGAAUCGGAUUAGGCACCCCAGGGCCAGCAAACGAUUGCAGCUGGUAGCUGGCUUUCUUUCCUUUUAUCCUUGGCCCCUUUCUGAGAAACAGCCCUUCCUGUCCUGUGUGUAAUGUCCAUGUCUGGUAUUUGCAACGUGGCACUGAUGGAGACCAGCACAAGAUUCCCAAGGCAAGAAUCCCAAGCCUACAGCGUUAGCUCUCCGUGACAUAUGGGUAUCUAGAAUAGGGACGGAAGCUGCAGUACUCCAGAUUUUUUGAAACGGGCCUGGCAUCCGCUGAGGACUUCUGUUCCUUAGUCCCACCAAGGGAAGCUCCAGUCUGGCACUUUCUGUCUCUCUCUCUCUCCCUGAUGCUAGAAAAUAACCCAGAAAUUGGAGGGCCAGGUGAUUUGACGCACUUGGACAGUGUGAAUCUCUAUGCAAAACUCUUGUGAAGAUUGCAGUGAAAAAUAGUAUGUGCUUUGAAGCUUUUCUAUCUUAAUGAGGACAGGGGUUCAUUUCAGUUGUAUGUACUUCGUUGCUGUAGGAGUUAACAAUAUGUAACUUUCCUUCUGAACUCUGGGGAGUGGAGACACUUGGAGAUGGUUUCCUUGUUUCAGGCAUAUUCAGUGUUAACCAGGCUUUUUUUUUUUUCCUUGAACAAUUAGUCUUUUAAAAUCUGGGACACUACAUUAAUAAACCUUUAUGCAAAAGACAUAAUUUUGAGUCUCUCUGUUUGGCAGGCCAAUUCAUAGAUGCCUGCUCAGAGGUGGGCAUAGGAUGGCCUGUAUCAGUUCGUCCCUCCAGAUGUGCUGGGACUGAAGUUCUCAGAAUUCUGUCCCAUUUGACACAUCUGGAGGUCACAAAGUUAGGAAGAAACCAAUAUAGAAUUUUAGACUAAGUUAUCUAAAGUUUCUUGCAGUAGGCAUUCCUUUGGAGCAGUGCUCCUCAACCUUGGCAACUUUUAAGAUAUGUGGGCUUCAACU